AUGGCACCAUCCGCUGACCCCAUUCCCGUGGCACCCCUUGCCAACGACUUCCCUCCUCCGACUCAUCCCGAAUGUCUGCGUGUGGAUCGCAGCACCAAAGCAUUUGGCAGCGGGGCUUACUCGCUGGUCGACCUCCCCGCAGGUGCGGUCUUCGCCAAGAUCACCACGGCUACACCCGGAAAGAAAGCCUACACGAGCGUGCAAACAGGCCGCGACACCCAUAUCGAACUCAACUCCGACCUAGUCUUCUGCAACCACUCAUGCGCCCCGUCCUUGGUCUUCGACAUGGCUCGCAUGGAGGUGCGGGCCGUGGACAAUCGCCCUUUGAAGGUCGGUGAUGCGCUCACCUUCUUCUACCCCAGCACCGAGUGGGAGAUGGACCAGGCAUUCCAGUGCAACUGCGGGGCAGGCGACCAGGUCUGCAGAGGCUGGAUUUCUGGGGCCAAAACCAUGUCCGCCGACGAAUUGGAGGGCUACUGGCUCAAUGGCCACAUCUCGGAAUUAUUGAGCGAGCGCAAGUGA